GUCAUUCUUCUGCUCUUCAUUCUCGCCAAUUCAACAACCCACAUCACAAGAGCUUGUGGAGAGUAAAUAGAUACAGCAUGGGUUCUACUAAUGGACUGAGCACUACACAUGGGAAACAGCCUCUAUUUUCUUUUGGAUUUAUAUCUGAUGUGCAGUAUGCUGACAUUCCUGAUGGUCGUUCAUUCCUUGGUGUUCCGCGGUACUAUAGGCAUAGCAUUCUUGUGUUACAGAGAGCAGUAAAAGAAUGGAAUACUAGCCAGAGGCACAAGUUUGUGAUAAAUCUUGGAGAUAUUGUUGAUGGAUAUUGUCCAAAAGAUCAAUCUUUUAACACUGUAAAGAAAGUUGUGGAUGAAUUUGCGAUGUUCAAGGGACCUGUGUAUCAUUUGAUUGGCAAUCACUGCCUAUACAAUCUGCCUCGCAGCAAGUUACUUCCAUUAUUGAAGAUUCAGAGUUUUGAAGGUCAUGCUUACUAUGAUUUUUCACCAGUACCUGAAUAUAGAUUUGUAGUUCUAGAUGGGUAUGACAUAAGUGCCAUUGGUUGGCCCCAAGAUAAUCCAAAAACAUUGGAGGCCUUGGAGUUCCUCCGGGGUAAGAAUCCAAAUGAAGACAAGAACAGUCCAACAGGUUUGGUGGGCCUUGAAAGAAGGUUUCUUAUGUUCAAUGGAGCUGUUGGAAAGGAACAAAUGGAUUGGCUAAAUGGAGUUCUUCAGGAUGCAACAAAUUUGAAACAGAAGGUGGUGAUUUGUUGCCAUCUGCCUCUAGAUCCUGGUGCAUCAUCCAAGGAGGCACUAUUGUGGAAUUAUGAUGAAGUAAUGAAUUUGAUACACAGAUACAAUUGUGUGAAGGUCUGUAUAUCUGGACAUGAUCACAAAGGAGGAUACUCCAUUGAUUCCCAUGGAAUACACCAUAGAGUUCUUGAAGCUGCCCUGGAAUGUCCUCCUGGCACGUAUGCAUUUGGACAUGUUGAUGUUUAUGAUGAUAGAAUAUCACUUCAUGGUAGGGACAGAAUGCAAAGUACAGACAUGUAUUUUAAUCAUAAAGCAGUUUUGUGAUGACAAGAUGUGUUGAUAUUUGUAAGACACCUAUUCGUCUAUUGACAUUAGAGAAUACGAUGCUCUUGAUGCAAGUCCUAUUCACAAGGAACUUCAAGUAUCGGAAGUUGGAAUGACCUAGUUGAGUUGAGUAACUUGCAUACAAUGAUGCGACAAGUCAUCAACAUCGGUGGAGGUUGCCUCAGAAAUGAUUUGCCAGUGAAAUUUUUAUCGUUUUAGUAAAACUAUUAGGAUGCUUUUUCUCGAUAUAUAUACAAUCGAUGAAAAACUGUUGUGAAAAUGAUCAAGUGAAUACUCUUAUUUAUUACAAUAGUUGU